AUGGCGAUCCCGUCGAAUCUCAUGCAAUUCUCCGAGGACAUCAUCAAGCAGCUGACUCCGGAGGAGAUUGACGAGUUCCGCGAGGCAUUCAUGAUGUUCGACAAGGACGGAAACGGCACCAUCUCCACAAAAGAGCUCGGAAUCGCGAUGCGAAGUCUCGGACAGAACCCGACCGAGCAGGAGAUUCUUGAGAUGAUCAACGAGGUGGACAUUGACGGAAACGGGCAGAUCGAGUUCCCCGAGUUUUGUGUAAUGAUGAAGAGAAUGAUGAAGGAGACGGAUUCGGAGAUGAUCCGCGAGGCGUUCCGGGUAUUCGACAAGGACGGAAAUGGAGUGAUUACUGCGCAAGAGUUCAGAUAUUUCAUGGUGAGUACUGGGAUUUCGGAGACGUUCCAGAAACUCCUCAUCUUCUUCCAGGUACACAUGGGAAUGCAAUUCUCGGAAGAAGAAGUCGACGAGAUGAUCAAAGAGGUCGACGUGGACGGCGACGGAGAAAUCGACUACGAGGAGUUCGUCAAAAUGAUGUCCAAUCAAUAA